GGACCCUUCUCACGGUGAACACGCGCAAAGCUCUCUUUCUAUAAAGGUAUCUGAGAUUGAACCAACUGGAUACCAGUAAUUUACACACAGUGUAGUUGGGUGACGAUUUGGCUGUGCUCAGCUUCUGCCAUAUACUCAUUUGCUCCUGUUACUGUGAAGAUCACGUACAAUACACGUCACUGUGUUUGCCAGUAAAGGAGAAACAUUAUAAGGAUAUCUGACAAAUCGCUUGCUGAACAAGACAAUGUCUGAUAACACCAAGAACCAAACCUCAGACCUUCCUGAUGCACACAGAGAUAACGAUUACUCUGAUGUAGUGAAAGAAGAGAUAAUAGAAGAUCUUGUUUUGACGUGUCAGGUGGGAGACCAAGAUGAGGAAACCAUUGACAGUAUCAGCUCAGAUGAAGAUAACGUUGAUGUAAUGAAAUUUGUCAUAACAGAAGAUAUAUGUGUGAGGCAACAGCUGGGAGCAACAGAUGAGACCAGAGACAUCAUCAAACGAGGCGCAGAUAACGCUCAUUUAGUGAAGGUUGAGAUAACAGAAGAUCAUAUGAAGACUGAGGAGGAUGAAGUUCCUAUAAAUACGGCUACAGGUGAAUUAAAAAACUGCAGUAAUCCUCCUAGUCAUGGUAAAAGUACCGAUAUUUGUGUCAAUCUUCAAAAUCAAAGAAGCCGUGUGGAAAAUGUAUGCUCUGAAUAUCAGGAAGGUUUUACCAGGAAAUCAAAUAUUUUAAAACCUCAGAAAAGUCAUACAGAGAAGAAAGCACUUUCAUGUUCUGACUGUGGAAAAUGUUAUACUGAGAAAUCAAAUCUUAGUAGACAUCGGAAAAUUCAUUCAGGAACGAAAGCAUUUUCAUGUUCUGACUGUGGGAAAUGUUUUAUUGAUAAAUCUAAACUUAUUAGACAUCAGAAAAUUCAUUCAGGACAGAAAGCAUUUUUAUGUUCUGACUGUGGGAAAUGUUUUACUGAGAAAUCAAAUCUUAUUAGUCAUAAGAAAAGUCAUAUAGAGAAGAAAGCAUUGUCAUGUUCUGACUGUGGAAAAUGUUUUACUAAGAAAUCAAGUUUUAGUAGACAUCGGAAAAUUCAUUCAGGAACGAAAGCAUUUUCAUGUUCUGACUGUGGGAAAUGUUUUAUUGAUAAAUCUAAACUUAAUAGACAUCAGAAAAUUCAUUCAGGAGAGAAAGCAUUUUUAUGUUCUAAUUGUGGGAAAGGUUUUACUGACAAAGGAAAUCUUAUUAAGCAUGAGAAAAUUCAUACAGGAGAGAAAGCAUUUUCGUGUUCUAAGUGUGGGAAAUGUUUUACUGAGAAAACAACUCUUACUAAACAUCAGAAAAUUCAUAUAGAAGAGAAAGAAUUUUUAUGUUCUGAAUGUGGGAAAUGUUUUGCUCAGAUGUCAUAUCUGAUUUCGCAUCAGAUAACUCAUAAAGAAGAUAAACCAUUUUCAUGUUCUGAAUGUGGAAAAUGUUUUGGUCGGAAGCGAAAUCUGAUUAAGCAUGAGGCAACUCAUACAGGAGAUAAACCAUUUUCAUGUUCUGAAUGUGGAAAAUGUUUUACUCGGAAAUCAUCUGUUAAUAAGCAUAAGAAAAUUCAUACAGGGAAAAAAGGAUUUAUGUGUUCUGAAUGUGGAAAAUGUUAUUCUCUGAAAACAGAUCUUAAUAAUCAUGAGAAAAUUCAUAUUAUAAGAAAUCUGGAAGAUCAGAGCAUGACUUCUUAAAGGGACAGUGUACACUUAUAAUCCCCCCCUUUUAAUGUUUUCCCAAUUAUCCAUUUUACCUACUUGAGUGUUUUAAUUUUGUACAAAUGUUUAUCCUUUUUCUUGUUUGAAAUAGCUGAUUUUGCCUAUUGUUUCCCCACCUAUACUAAACAUUUCUGAACUUAAAGGGACAGUCUAGUCAAAAUUAAGCUUUCAUUAAUUAGAUAGGACAUGUAAUUUUAAUCAACUUUCCAAUUUACUUUUAUCAUCAAAUUUGCUUUUUUCUCUUAGUAUUCUUAGUUGAAACUAAACCUAGGCAGACUUAUUUGCUAAUUUCUAAACCCUUAAGGGCUGCCUCUUAUCACAGGCUUUUUAAAUUCCUUUUCAACACAGAGACUAAAAGUACACGUGGGCCAUAUAGAUAACACUGUGUACAGGCACAGGGAGUUAUUUAAGAUUUAGCCCAAAACAAUGCUAACUGCAAGACAAUCGAUAAUACAGUCACAGUCAUGUGAUCAGGGGACUGGAAGAAGGUUCUUAGAUACAAGGUAAUCACACAGGUAUAAAGUGUAUUACUAUAACAGUGUUGGUUGUGCAAAACUGGGGAAUGGGUAAUAAAGGGAUUAUCUAUCUUUUAAAACAAUAACAAUUCUAUGGUAGACUGUCCCUUUAUGUUAAAAUCUUUUAUUGCAUUUCAAAAGGCAUAUAAACAUAACAUUUGCAACAAACCCAAAAUCUUUUGUACAUGAAUCAUAUUGUUUCAUUUAGUAGCUUUCCAGUACGUUAAAAGGACACAAGCAUAGUAAGAUAGGGGUAUUCAAACCAUUUUUCUUAAUACUUUUUCAAUCAUGGUGGGCAGGUGUUGUAAUGUCCGUCAUCUCCUUUGACGUUAAAGUCUAUAUGUCCUUGCCUCUUCCCUAUCAUUAUUGUUUUUCCUGGCACUCUACUCAAGAAUGAUCAAUGAUGAAGUCGGGUUUGCAUGACCUGCUGUAUGUUCCAUCUGGUUCCUUAAGAUGAUUUUUCUCUUUUAUGUAACAACAUUAAAAUCUAAAAAAACUUAAUAAACAUUUUAAAUCAAACUAAA